GCUCCGUAGGCGUGUCAACACUACCAUGUUCACCUUCAAAUCGUCCCACCUUGCUCUCGCUCUCGCGGCUGUAUCCGCCGUGAAUGCCCUGAGCUUCAAAGCUCCCAAAACCGCGCCUUGCGCCGAACAUGUCGCCGUUCCGGCUUUCAAGCAUCAAGGAUCUGUGCUGACGCACUACGGUCCCGAGCCGGACAUCAAGGUCCUCCAGUUCAUCAACGUCGGCAUCGAAGGGUCCCUCUUCCAGUCCGACUCCGAAUCCGAGGACACCGUGAAAAUCACGUUCGCGAAUCUCGCCCAGAAUGACACCGGGCGGUGGGAGUCGAUCCGUGUGUACCCAGAUGCAGGGAUAUUCCAGAUCAGCAACCUCGAGACGGGGACCUACCUUGGCGUCAAGUACGAGGUCGACGAGCUCAAGCUGGUUGCCAACCGCGAUGUCGACCCCGCCUCGUUCGAGUACGAACGUGGAUCCUCGCCCGAGGCAUUUGCGAUCCGUCUCGUCAACACCAACCUUGUCUGGCAGGCGGUGUACGAUGACGAGACCAAGAAACACUCGGGCCAUGUCGAAUUGAGGGACAGGAUCGAGAAAUGGGAGCACGGGAGAGAGUUCCAGGACUGGAUCUUCGCUCACUAGAUCAUUCCUAAGAAAGUAGUGCAUAGUAAGAAACAAUGCCCAAUGCAAUCUUCGAAGCACGAAUCGACCCCGCUUAUCUGCC